ACUUAAUUCACCAGCCAGUCGCUCCCCGAACGCCGGAGGAGGCGUAUUGUUGCUGCCCGCUAGACUCGCGUCCGAAACAUCGUCUGUCGCCGGUGCAUCGGCCAGUUUGUAUAGUGAUGUUUGUUCAAAGAUAGUGCGCCCUACAAGCCGGCCUGACUCACGGCACCAACGGAAGGAUUUGUGACUGUGCUGUGAACGAAUUCAGUGUUGUGAUCGGACAUAAGUUUGCAAACGGUUUUUUUCCUGUGAAAGUGGUUUUGUGGUUUUUGAUCGUCCGUUCCGAUAGGUACUCCAUCAGUGUUACUAGUGAAAAGACAUUCACUGCCCUAAUAAUAUUGAUGCUGUAGUUAUGAAGCAGACUUUAAAAAGAUACUAAAAGAUAAAACUGCGUAUGGCCGAUAGAUUCAAGAAGAGUCCAAAACAAGCGUCCGUGUACGCUUUUUGGACAAACAUCCACAAUGUUUGGUUUAAAAACAUCAGCGGCGAGGGAAGGAAGUUGCAUCAUAGACAAAACAUUUUGUUAAAUGAGCCAGAUAAUGGAAUAGACAGUGAGAAACAAAAUGUCCAACAAGAAGGUGACAGAGACGGUGCCACACGUGAUCAUUCUAAACUCAAGGAACUACCUGUUAUUAUAGCAAAUGAGAAUCAGGUUGAAAUAGGUCAUGUGAAUGACGAAAACAGCUUUGAAGAUGACGACGACGAGAUCAGAAGAAACGUGUGGAGCGAUGUCGAUGACGAACUUUACAUAGCGAAACUAAUCGAAUUAAGGAGUUCAAAUAAUGUCCAUAACAUUGAUAAACGUGAUAUUAGUGCAUACGUAAGUGAUAGUGAAAUCAGUGAGAAGGUUGUGAAUAGUGUUAAGUUAGAGUACGAAGACAUGUGGGAUAUAGAGCCCACGGAUCUGACUGAAUGUGACUGUUUGGGGCCACCGCCUGAGUUUCUGCUGCCGCCGCCACCGAGACCGCCGUUUCUGCAAUCGGAAUACUAUUGUGGGGAUGAUCCUAUACCUGAUUUGGAAACCUGUGAAUCGGAACCAAAGAUAGAUGCGUACAACCACAGCAGCCCUUCGCUGCAGACGUCGGCGGUGAUCGGGCUCUGCUCGCUCGUGCUGGUGCUCGGCAUCUUCAUCGGAGUCAUCCUCGUCUGGAAACACAAGCGGAAAGUAACGAACCUGCUGCCGUCGAAGUCUUCAGCCCCAAACAACUCGGGGUCUGCUCGGCGCGCGCCCCCGCCGGCUCCGCUGUACGAGGACCUGCAGGACCUCCCGCGGAGGCCGCCGCUGCCACAUCGACCUGAACUGGAGCCUCAGCUAGAGAUGGUAGAGACAAAAAGACCAGGCUGCCCGGGCCGAGUAUUCGUCUGCGGAGCUGGAGGCACAUGGCGAGGUGGCGGCGCCUGCGGAGACGCCUGUGGAGCCCCUCUUUACGAGGAGUUACCCCACCGGUCCGACGACUCGGUCCACAGUGACGACCACUUCGCAGAGGACGAGCUGAGCCUCGUCGGUGAAGCCGCCCCCUGCAGGACUUGCUCGCGGCCGCCGGCGCCGCACUCGCUCCCGCACCGGCCAAGACAGCAGCGUCUCGACCGAAGACCCAAGUCUUUAGAGCGGCGCCGCGCUGCCCAGCAUCGAAUGCCGCGGCACGUCCACCCGCCUGACCCUUCAGAGUUCCAUGAAGGGGUUCUGUUGGAUGCGCUGCUGAGGCUAUACCCUCAGGUGGGGACGGUGGGCGCGAGGCCUCACGGCCAGAUGCCGGGGGGCGGCGGCGCGUGGCCCGGCGGGGAGCUGCCUGGUAUCGGCUGCUGGAGAGGCCCAAGGGCGUCCCCGAAGCCUCCCAGUGGGGACUCCUCCUUCGGUUCAGACUCAGGCUACAGCAACAACACGUGCGGCACGUGCGGCACGCGAGCCUCCUCCAGACAUCGUUUGUCGGCGGAAAUACCGAUGUCAUGAACGUUACAGUGCUCUGAGCUACGGACUGUGUGUUAAGGAUCCCCCCCAUGUGCCAUGGCGAGCGAGUGACAGUGAAGACAGUUCUUGAGAUAUCCUAAGUCUUUGCAUCGGUUAUGUGAAGAGAUUAGGCGUUCUUGCAUUUAGUAACGAUAGUACUAAUACUUUGCCUUCUACCUGUAAGCAUAUUCUGUAAACAAGGCCUGAAUAAUUAACGAUUUGUUGAAAGCCUUAUGUUAAUAUUUGUAUGUACCUAUUUAACUAAGUUUCACAUUUGUAUAAACUUAGGUUCUAAUUAGAACUUCACUUGAAUUUAGAGACGAGCGUAUUUUACUUGUAAAAAUAUUUCUUUUUAGAUACAAGUUCAAUUUAUGUAAAUAUUUUCACCUGACCAUAUUUAAGUAGCUAGAGCAGUUACAUUUUGACAUAGUUAGUUGUUCCAAACUAGUCUUUAAAUUAACAUGUAAUGAGAAACGUUUGAAAUAAAAACCAAACACAGUCUUGUGUAUAAAAAUUACAACAUUAUACCUAGUUAAUAAAUCAAAAUUUGUAGAUACUGUAUAUAAGUUGUAGAAACAUAAGUUUAGUUAACUAACUAAUGUAAGACAUUACUGAGUGAAAUUCCCGUUUUCUGAUAUGAGUUCUCAUGUUAAAGUUGUGCCAAUAAUGAACAAUCAACAUCAUAUAAAAUAAAGACUAAUUCAAUAAAUCUCUUAGUAAUCGCUACUACCAAUGCUGGAUAACUCACUCAUCAUAUACGGUUUUUAUUAUCAAUGACUAAAAAAUAUUAUCUGUAUCAUUUUCGUUGAGCGGCUGACUAUAAUGAAGGUCAGGUACAUUGACCUGUGGAACCACCACCGAACAUUAGCAAUUAACAAUCUUUAAGGUACCUGGAACUCAACUGAAAAAACUAAACUCCAACUUAAUUGUCUGACUUUAUACAUGAGAUCUUAUCAGAAACUGGGUGAAGAUUUUAUAAUCAUAUCACAAAUAAUCUAAUCAGAACAUUUGUAACGUUGGACUCUUUCAUAUUUAUUUUAUUUACUUACCACUUUCUCUGGUGCUAAACAUUCAAACUUGAUAGCAAUAUUAUAUAGUAUUUUCUCGUAGUGAUUUGUUUGUCAGUAACAUUAUAGUAUGUCUGUAGGCCUAAAUAUUGAGUAAGUUUUUCAAGUAAAAAUAGGUUUCUUGAUUAUUAUAAAUUGCCUCAGUCAUUUCAUUUCUACUUUUAGACAUAUUUAAGUAACGCUUUCAUGUGUGCAGAGCUUAUUAUUCAAGGUACAUAUUACAUACAAGUUAAAUUCGAAAUUGUCUCCAUAAUUAUGUAUUUUACGUGUAUUUAGCAAAUUUAUUAGAAGUGCCGAUCGUUGUAUUAUUUAUGAGACAUUUAGGUUUUUUAAAUUUGUAAAUUAAUCAAACGAUAUCAUUGUUUUUGGAAAAACUUGUUUUGUUUAAUAUUUUUGUAUAAUUAUUUAAGACAUAUUUAUUUUUAUUUUGUAAUGAACUUGAGGAUUGUGACACUAUGAUAUUGUAAUUAAAAUUCUUGGACUUGUUGUCCGGUCUAUAAAUAUUGGAAAGCACAAUAAAAUGAAAAUAAAUACAUUUUUAAGAAAUAA